AUGGCCGAGUCUGUGUUCAGAGCCUGUCGUGUUAGGGCAACUUCUUUGAAAAUGAGCUCCAGAAACCUAAAGGAGGUGCCCCCGGAUGUGUGUAUGUUGCCACAUCUUUCUGUUUUGCUGCUGAAUAAUAACCACAUCUGCACUUUGCCUGUGGAGUUGCUCCGUCUGCCACACCUGACUGAGCUGAAUUUGGGAAAUAAUACCUUUAAGGAGAUCCCUGCUGUUGUGAGCCAUCUGGAGAGGCUGAAAAAACUCUAUCUGUACAGCAACCACAUCAGCACAGUGUCAUCUGAGGUGAUAGGUCCUUUGAAAAAACUCUGUGUGCUCAAUUUAAACCACAACCACAUUCAAAGGCUUCCGUCGGAAAUCAAAAGUCUAACAAAGCUCCAUUGCCUCAGUCUGGCACACAAUAAACUGGAAAACAUCCCUGCAGAGCUGGGUCAUCUCAUUGAACUCACUGAGGUCAACUUCACAAACAACUGUUUGUCUACCCUACCACAAGAGAUCUACCACUGUAAACUACUGACCAAGAUGUAUUUAGCCAGGAACCAACUCAGCAGCCUCCCUGAAGGGAUUCGAGCACUGACCAAACUGCAGGUCUUGGAUGUCGCUGGAAAUAAGUUGUCCAUGUUCCCUGCAGAGUUUCACCAUCUGCGCCUAAUGGAGCUCUACUGUGAAGAAAAUAAGUUAGUUCGGUGCAACCCAAUGCCCUCAGUGAUGGGAAAGGAGAUACUCUCUUUAAAGGAGUUGGUUGCCAGGUUUAUUCUACAUGAGGACAGAAAUAAGUCCUCUCUGGUCCAUAAGACACUUCCUUACUACCCAAACCUCAUCACCCUGCUGGCCAAAGGCAGUUACUGCACACUGUGUCUGGAGCCCAUCCUCUUUACAUGGUUGGAGUGUGUGCAUUUUGUCAACCUCCGGAAGGUGAUGAAGAUGAAGAAGUCACUGACUGUUCCAGUGAGGGCCCUUCUCUGCUCCUACAAGUGCUUCAGCACUGCAGGGCACGCUUACUAUGGUGUGGCUUCAACAUGA